AUGCUCAUCUCGCUUUUGUGCUUGGCAACUGCACGAUGGCCAGAGGUGUGUGUGCUCGAGGAGCGGGAGCCGGUCCUUCUGGCGGGUGCUGUCCUUAACUCGUGUGCAUGUGGGAAAGAGCCCACUAUUCAGGCCGAGGAAAACGUCUUUAAAUGCAAUGAAUGUGGGAAGGUUUUUAGCAAGAAGCGCCUCCUUGCUGGGCAUGAGAGGACUCACUCUGGAGUGAAGCCCUACGAGUGCACGGAGUGUGGGAAAACCUUUAGUAAGAGCACUUACCUCCUUCAGCACCACCUGGUCCACACGGGGGAGAAGCCCUAUAAGUGUGCGGAGUGCGGGAAGGCCUUCAACCGCAAGUCGCACCUCACACAGCACCAGCGCAUUCACAGUGGCGAGAAGCCUUACCGGUGCGACGAGUGUGGAAAGGCCUUCACCCACCGCUCCACUUUUGUCUUGCACGAGAGAAGCCACACUGGAGAGAAGCCCUUUGAGUGCAAAGAGUGUGGGAAAGCUUUCCGAGACAGGCCAGGCUUCAUCCGACACUAUACCAUCCACAGUGGCGAGAACCCCUACGAGUGCUUCGAGUGCGGCAAGGUCUUCAAGCACAGGUCCCAUCUCAUGUGGCACCAGCAGACUCACACCGGGGAGAAGCCCUACGAGUGCGGUGAGUGUGGGAAGGUGUUCUGCGAGAGCGCGGCCCUCAUUCACCACUCUGUCAUCCACACAGGAGAGAAGCCCUUUGAGUGUCCCGAGUGUGGGAAGGCCUUCAACCACAGAUCGUACCUCAAGAGGCACCAGCGCAUCCACACCGGGGAGAAGCCCUACGUGUGCGCCGACUGCGGGCGGGCCUUCACCCACUGCUCCACGUUCAUCUUGCACAAGCGGGCCCACUCGGGGGAAAAGCCUUUCGACUGCAGAGAGUGCGGGAAAGCCUUUAGCAACCGCGCGGACCUCAUCCGACACUUCAGCAUCCACUCCGGGGAGAAGCCCUUUGAGUGCUCUGAGUGCGGGAAGGCCUUCAGCCGCAGGUCGGGCCUCACCAGGCACCAGCGCAUCCACAGUGGGGAGAAGCCCUUCCAGUGUCUCGAGUGCGGGAAGACCUUCUGCUGGAGCACCAACCUGAUUCGCCAUUCUAUCACCCACUCUGGAGAGAAGCCCUACGAGUGCAUCGAGUGCGGGAAGGGCUUCGGCCGCGGCUCCUCCCUCACCCAGCACCAAAGGGUCCAUCCUGAGAACCCUGUCAGUGUGGCAGGUGUGGGAAGGCCCUUCACACGUGGCCGCUCCUCAGUCACCCUUCGGGAACUCCUUUUGGGGAAAGACUUUUUGAAGAUAAAUACUGAGAACAGCCUUUUGUCAGAGAAAGCUCUUCAACCUCUGCUGACUGCACUUACCAAAGAGAAACCCCACCGGUAUCUUCACUGUGAGGAGACUAUCACAGAUCACGACCUUUUAUAAAAUUAAGAGACUUAGCAAGAUAACGACCUAGAAGCAGCUUU